AUGCCCGUCCCUACGUCGCUGUUGCUCGUGUUCGCCCCCUUUUGGGUCGUCAUCAAUUACGUUCGCCUCACUCGGCGCUCUCGGUCAGCUUCAGCAUCGUCUACGAUUGAGCUGCAGCCUCUGUCCUUGCACGCCUCGACGACCACCUUCAACGAUGUGCCUCGUCUCUUGCUCAAGACCUUUCGUCGUCGGCCAGAAGGAGGAACGCGCGUGCUUGCGUUGUAUUGGGAUCUCGCGACCUUGGUCGUUGUGUUCGGUCUGGUCGUUGCUCAGCUCGUUCUGGCAACCGCGGCGUGCAAGGGCGUCUAUGCACUACUCCAACUCUACGCAACCUCGCAAACGGACCCAAUCAACUCAUUGGGUGUCGUGCAGGGUCUCAUCAAGCGCGCAACGAAGCAAUUGCAGCCCCCACCUUCGGAAGCGCUGCUGCUUCAGCCGAUCGUGAGCAUGACCAUGAUCACGUGAUCAAAACUCCCACACGGGGCCCCUAACGCGCGGGAUUAUCUUCAGAUCCCUGGCCUCACGCACUCGUACGACUCGUUGCCGCUUGUUCUCGUCGCUCUCUUCUCUUCCCAAGUCUUCCACGAGCUUGGUCAUGCUCUAGCAGCGGCAUCGUACGUCUUGUCCUAACCUUGCUGCCCAAACCCGACUCCCCACCACCACUUUCUAUGUCCCUCGAGCAGUGAAUCCAUCCCGCUACUCUCAAUCGGCUUCCGCUUAAAUCUCAUCGUCCCCACAUUCUACGUCGAGCUACCCUCGUCGACCACAUCCCACUCCUCUGUGGCGAGCUCGACGACCGAUCUUCGGAUCGCCGCUGCAGGCGUAUGGCACAAUUUGCUCCUCGUCGGAUUCACGUGGCUUAUCAGCUCUAAUGGACUGGGAUGGGGGAGCCUUUUUACGAGGGUGUUCUACGAGUCGGUAGAAGGAGGCGUGCUCGUGACGGAAGUUGAUCUGGUAGGUCUGAUUUCUCUCGGGCCUACUUUCGAAUUGUCCAGUUCCCGGCCAUCCUGACCUUUCCUUCCUUCCUUCCGGCCAGACAUCGCCUCUUUAUGAACUUCUGCCACCGCGAAUCAAGAUCACCCAUCUUGACGAUCUCGAAUUGGACUCGUCGUCAACACCUGCAACCCUGUGGGCAGACUAUCUCUCAUCCGAACCCAGCACGUCGACAAGUUCAUCCUACAACUCUCUAGGGUGGUGUCUCGCGACCCUCUUUACCCCAUCGGAUCAAGCACUUCCCUCCUGUUGCACACCGGCAUCGACCCAGACCGAUCGAUUGUGCUUCCAACACGGCGCUUCGGCAGUCUCGUACGCAUGCUUGGAACCUUCGUCCAUCUUCUCUCCUCCGUCCAAGAAGCAAGGUCCUACCCGAUGUCUGGACGAUCGAGGGUGUAGUCUGACUGCUCAGAAGUGUACGAGCCUGAAGAGCGACCAACGCAUUCUACGCAUCGGGGUGGAAGACCCUCUUUCUCCUGAUGGGAUUACCAAAAUUCUCAUCUACCAAGGUCCGAGAACGGCAGUAUUGCACCACGGUAAGCCCAAACCUGAACCCUCGCACAAAGUUCACGACUCAGCCAUCCUCUCGAUACCCACACGAAACCAGUAUCCAUCACGACCGACCUGCCUCGAACGCGCCUCAUCCCUCUCCUAUAUCUUCGCACGAUCGAACGCUUCUAUUCCCACCUCCUAGGCCUCAGUCUAGCCCUGGCUUUCUUCAACUUACUCCCUCUACCUCACUUGGAUGGACAAGUGCUUUGGUCGACCGUUUGGACUUUGAUGAGGGGAUCUGAAGAAGUGGGGGAUAGGAUGGAAUUGGGGGAGAUGGGGAGGAAGGAAGGGGUGACGAGAGGUAAGGGUAUUUUGGAUCGGUCGAUUGAGGGGAUGAGGAAGGUCGGUUGGCUACGUAAGUUGGCAGAGAGAGAGGAAAGGGUGGAGAGGUUGUUGAGGAGGUGGACCAUGGUGAUGGGUGGGCUGACGAUGGGGACGGGAGUGUGGGUCGUUGUCAUGGGGUCCUGA